AGGCGGCUCGCCGUAGACCGGCCCCGUUGCUAAGGGAGGUCCUCCGUGUGGCCUUUAGCAACGGGUUCGCUUUCGCCCCGCGGCCCGCAUGGCGGCUGUCGCCAACCCCACCGUCUUCCUCCUCAUGGUCAGCGGGCAGAUCGAGAGUGCGCAGUUCCCGGAGUUUGACGACCUCUAUUGCAAGUACUGUUUCGUGUACGGCCAUGACUGGGCCCCCACGUCGGGCCUGGAAGAAGGGAUCUCACAGAUCACGUCCAAGAACAGGGACUCUCGGCGAGAUCUCGUGUGGAACUUCCCCAUUGAGAUCACCUUCAAAAGCACCAACCCUUUUGGCUGGCCUCAGAUUGUCUUAAGUGUGUAUGGUUCCGAUUUUUUCGGCAACGACGUGGUUCGAGGCUACGGAGCUGUUCACCUGCCCUUUACACCCGGAAGCCAUAAAAGAACCAUCCCCAUGUUUGUCCCAGAAUCGACAUCCAAACUGCAGAAGUUUACAAGUUGGCUCAUGGGACGGCGUCCGGAGUUCACCGACCCCAAAGUGGUGGCACAGGGAGAGGGUCGAGAAGUGACCCGGGUGCGGUCCCAGGGUUUUGUGACCCUCUCUUUCAACGUGGUGACCAAGGACUUGAAGAAGCUGGGCUACGACGUGAGCCCAGCCGGAGUGCCCAACCUCUCCGCGGGAGACGGCCUCCACAGAUAUUAAAGCGGGGGACGCCAGUUCGACUUCUACUCAACAAUUCUGUUCCCAACCUGUGCCUCAGGCCCGUGCAGUUCUGAGACAUCCAUCUGCGUGGCAGCGUGAGAGACUUAGAACCUCAGCUACGGGAGACCAUGUCUGCACUGACUGACAGAGCGGGGAUGCUUAGCUUUUUAAUGUCCUCUCCUGUGAGGAGCUCCCUGCUUUCAGAAAACUAAAGUAUCAGGGAGCGAGAAUUCACGUGGCUCUCUUGCAAGGAGUUUCGUCUCACAUGAGCAUUGUUCUGGAUUCCCCUCCCCCCGGUACCCUGCAGAGUGGCAUCAGGGGACCACCUUUGACUAUUUCUAGCUAGGGUGUUGUGGCUUUUCCGGGUUGUAUGGCGGUGUUCCAGUAGCAUUUUCUCCUGAUGUUUCGCCUGCAUCUGUGGCUGGCAUCUUCAGAGGCAGACGAAACGUCAGGAGCAAAUGCUACUGGAACACUGCCGUACAACUCAGAAAACCCGCAACCCCCUAGUGAUUCCAGCCAUGAAAGCCUUUGACAAUACAUAUUUCUAGCUACUUCAUGUCUUCUGGGUGGGGGAGGGACGAAUUUAUCACUCCUGCUGCCCCAGACCUUCCGUUCGAGUUAUCCUGAGUGGGACUGCUCACGGGGUUUGAACUUGCAGCAACAGGUCUAGGAGAUCGCCCCUUUCUGUGCCAAAUUGAAAGAUUCUUUCACAGUUGUCUUCCCUCAAACCGGUGUUCCUGUAAAUCCCCAGAAGGUCACAAUUAUCGAGGAAUGUCUUCAGAUGUUAGUUUGCCCGUUUUCCACCAGUUUGAAGGCAUCUCCUUGUUAACCAUCCGGCACCUGUAAUUGGCUGCAACAGCCAAGUGUCAGGGUGAGGGACCAGAGGGCUGCUACGCAGGCGUAAGGUCCAGGAGGUCCAGGCCAGAACGCAAGAGGUUUUGCACAUUGUUCACAAGAUAUUACCUGACUUCCAAGUCUCAUCAAAAGCCCCGUUGUGCCCUUGAUUAAGCCUGCCUUUGUUAACCAGCUCCAGAUGCUUUGCAAAUGCCUAUGGAAUUUGAAACAGGCCAAAACUGGACGCUUAAAAAAAAGAAAUCAAUAAUCCGCCUGCCCCCCCCCCCCUUUCCCCCAUUUGUAGCAAGAGCCUUGUGGAUGCUGACGGGAGGGUGAGUGAGUGAGACUCAUCCCUGCAAGGAAGGGAAUAAUGCUAAAGAUUUUGUGGCGGCUUUAAGGCAUUGAUUCAGGACCUGGCUAGGAAAGGACACGCAGCUAAAUUUCCACGUGCCUUCCGGCUAAAGCACUCUCACUCCGGGGAUUUGGAGCCCUGUUUUCCCACCAGCUCUUCACAGCAGAUGCUUCUGCCACCAAAGGAAAUUCCUGCUUGUUAUUUGUGUAUCUCCACCCUUUCUCCGAGGAAUGCAGAGUUUUCGAAGCGUUGGCUGGCUGAACGCAAGACAGAACGCACAGCCCAGACAGUACUAAACCAGUUUUUAAUGUUUUCUUUUUUAAACUUCCAAGCAUUACUGUAAUGAUUUGCUUAAGGAAUGGGAGAUUGAAAAGUC